AUGAAGAAUAAUUUCAUUAUUUUCUGCCUUUGCAUUCUGUUCUCAACGACAUUUGGAAAGCUUGGAUUAACAGUUGAUGAUAAUUACGAGAAGUGUGCAAGUCCAGAAGAAAGUUUUAAUACCCUUGACGUUAGUGGAGCAGAAAUUGUGACAGUUAACGAUACACAUUCGUAUUUGAAUGGAACAGCCAAAUUUUUAGUUGAUUUAGAUCCACCAUGGCCGAUUCAUUUUUAUAUCGAGAAACUAUAUGGGAAUAAAUGGGCCACAACAGGUGUUGACCGCAUGUUUGAAGAUUUUUGUGAGGACAUGCACCGUCCAUACGAACCUUGGUUUAAACUUAUGUCACAUUUUAAAGGAUGUCCGUAUAAAAAAGAUGAACUUUUGGUUGCAAACAUGAUAAGAUUGAAUGAGUUUAAAAUGGUUUAUACUCCAAGUUUUAAAGGUCGUUGGAGAGCUACAAUUGAACAUUAUCGCGAGAUAGAUGGAAUAAGGAAAAAGGAUUGUACGCGCAUAUAUAGCGAGAUUGCAGAGGAAUAGAAAGAACUUCGAUUUGCAAACAAAUUUAGCAAGGAAAAAAUAUUAGAAAGGAAAUUCUACGAUAGCAGGAAAAUCAUUGAGUAAAUAUUAAGAGUUUUAAGUAAUUUUUCGUUUCUUUCUUAAGCUUCGAUUAAAAGCUCUAAUAACCAUUUAAAUCGCUUAAAAUUUACUCAACUUUGUUCCUGUUAUCGGAAAUUUCCUAUACAUGUGUUUAAAUUAUUUACUUUAUCCAAUCUUUAAAUUAUUUACUUUAUCCGUUUCACCAUGAUUUAUAUUUUAUAUCACACAAAUUUGUUUGGAAGUUCAUUCACACUUUUUAUAUUUAUUUACUUUAAAAUGAACUGUAAACACAACUCAACAGAACCACCAAAUUUCAACAGAUG